CCUUUCUUGCAGAGGAGAGCUCCAGUAGAUCAAAUAUAGAAUCAACACCUCAUACUUCCUCGGUUUAGCUCCGCUCAUCACUCACUUUACCCACAAUGGCUUCUCAACUCCUUCCCCUCGAGCUGAUCGACAAGUGUGUCGGUUCUAGAAUUUGGGUCAUCAUGAAGAAUGACAAAGAAUUCGCCGGUACUUUGCUCGGUUUUGAUGACUACGUCAACAUGGUUUUGGAAGACGUGACUGAAUUCGAUUACUCUGGCGCUCAGGUUAAGCUUCCUAAGAUCUUGCUAAAUGGAAACAACGUCUGCAUGUUGAUCCCUGGUGGUGAAGGACCGGUCGGUAGCUCUUAGUUUCUGAUGUCCAAUGCUUUUUACUUGCUUUGACGAAAAAAAGAUUUUGUGAAUGAUGAUCGACGAUAUCUUAUAGAUUCUACUGUAAUU